AUGGAUUCCGAUGGUGAGAUGAUGAGUGAUGUCUCGAGUCCAGAUGAUUUCCUGGAUACCCAGGCUAGUGAUGAUGAUAGCUUGGGUGAUGGGGGUUUCGGGGAUUUGGACACCGGGUUCGAUGAUGACAACGAUUUAUUUCGCCAGCAGCGCAACCCCCACGAAGUCGAGUACAAGGUCCUGAACCCCGCAGAGGUUGAGCGCGAGCGCCAGGACCAAAUCGCCGAGGUCUCCGCCGUGGUCGGUCUGUCCCCCGAGUUGGCUGCGGUUCUGUUGCGAUUCGGCCAGUGGAACAAAGAGAAAAUCAUCGAGAUGUACAUCGACUAUCCGGAGAGAACCCUGGACCGCGCGGGCGUGGGGCCGGUCACGGAAGGGCGUGCAACUACGGAGAUGAUACCGGGCUUUCUCUGUGGGAUCUGUUUCGAUGAGGGCGAUGACGUCGAGUCGUAUGCUAUGCGCUGUGAUCACCGCUUCUGUGUCGAUUGCUAUCGGCACUACCUCGAGCAGAAGAUCAAGGAAGAAGGCGAGUCGGCUCGCAUCCGCUGUCCCGGUAACAACUGCCAGCAUAUUGUAGAUUCUCAGUCAGUGGAAUUGCUUCUAUCAGGUGAAAUUAGGGAUCGAUAUCACAUGCUGCUUACCCGAACGUAUGUGGAUGAUAAAGAAAACCUUCGGUGGUGUCCUGCACCGAAUUGCGAACAUGUGGUCGACUGCAGUGUUAAGAAGCGUGAUCUCCGUCGCAUCGUGCCAACAGUGCAGUGCGCCUGCUCCCACGAAUUUUGUCACGGCUGCUCUUUACCCGACCAUCAGCCUGCGCCCUGCACGCUUGUCAAGAUGUGGAUCAAGAAGUGUGAGGACGACUCAGAGACCUCGAACUGGAUCUCGGCCAAUACCAAGGAAUGCCCGCGGUGCCAGUCGACCAUCGAGAAGAACGGAGGCUGUAACCACAUGACCUGCCGCAAGUGCAAGCACGAAUUCUGCUGGAUGUGCAUGGGACUUUGGGCCGAGCACGGCACCAGCUGGUACAACUGCAACCGGUUCGAGGAGAAGUCGGGGUCGGACGCCCGCAGCGCGCAGGCCAAGUCGCGUGCAUCGCUGGACCGCUACUUGCACUACUAUAACCGCUAUUCCAAUCACGAGCAAUCUGCAAAGCUGGACAAGGACUUGUACCUCAAGACCGAGAAGAAGAUGACCAGUCUCCAGUCGCAGUCGGGGCUGUCGUGGAUCGAGGUGCAGUUCCUGGACACGGCGUCGCAUGCGCUGCAACAGUGUCGCCAAACUCUGAAGUGGACCUAUGCCUUCGCUUUCUACCUUGCGCGCAACAACCUGACCGAGAUUUUCGAGGAUAACCAAAAGGAUCUGGAAAUGGCUGUCGAGAACCUGAGUCAGAUGUUCGAGAAGCCCAUUCCCGAGCUGGCUCAACUCAAGGUCGACAUUCUGGACAAGACGGCUUAUUGCAAAAAGCGUCGCGUGAUCCUGUUGAACGAUACCGCCGAGAACCUAAAGAAUGGCGAGUGGUCGUUCAACGUGGAGUGGUAG